CACAUGCGCAGAUGACUCUGCGCGUCAAUUAGUGCUAGUGUAGGCGACCACCAGGAAGCGAAAGAGCCGGGCACUGUAACGUAAGCUGUACCAGGCUCCAUGUUUAUAUGUGUAAAUAGUAUGUAACCCUGUAGAGCCCAGUGUGUUCCGUGUCUUCCCUCAGCAGCUGCUGCCACUGUGACUCCUCCGGUAGGAAGCCUAGCCCUCACCCUGUACUGCUGAACCCUCCGCCGCCUUCACCAUGUUCAAGAAACUGAAGCAGAAGAUUAUUGAGGAGCAGUCCCCGGUCCGGAGCAGCCUGCACCCCCAGGCACAGGGCCAAUCGGGGAAUAGAAGUCGUACAUCCUCGACCGACCAGCAGGAUGACAGCAUGGCUACUCCAGACAAAGAGCUGCUGGCCGGGAUGAUAGCAGAGCCUGCUUUACUCUCUGAAUACACUAUUUUUGCUCUGGACCACACCAAACGGUCCAGACCCCAGAGUGGCAGUGUGAAUGUAUCAGGGUCUGCGGACAACAUGAAUGGCAAUGAUCCCAUCUCCAGUCAGAAGAACGAACCUCAGUCUUUUGCGCAAAAGCUUCAGCUCCGCGUCCCUUCAAUGGAGUCACUAUUUCGCAGCCCAGUAAAGGAAACAUUGUUCCGAUCUUCAUCGAAAGAAUCGCUUGUGAGAAGUGGUUCACGUGAUUCCUUGAACCGUAUUGAUGGGGACACUUCAAUGCCUUUGUUUGACCCAUCUUCAGAUAUUGAAAGUGAAGCAGAAGAUGCUUUGGGUGGUCAUGAAGGACUCACUAAAGAGCAACUUUUUCAUCGACUUCAUCGGAUGGAGAAGAGCUUGGGAAAUUAUCGUGGGAAGUAUUCCGAGAUAGUCACAGCAUACAGAACGGUUCAGAGGGACAAAGAAAAACUACAGUCAAUUUUAAGCCAAAGCCAGGAUAAGGCAUUAAGAAGAAUAGGAGAGCUACGGGAGGAACUUCAGAUGGAUCAGCAAGCCAAAAAACACCUGCAGGAAGAAUUUGAUGCCUCUCUGGAGGAGAAGGACCAGCUAAUCAGUGUGCUGCAAACUCAGGUAACUUUACUUAAACAGCGGUUUGGAAAGGGACAGGAGCCAGAGGCAUCAGUCACUUCGUCAGAGACUGAAAAUCAGAGCACUGGACAGGAAGCAGAAGCAGACAGCAUUCCCACACCUGAUGUAAGCAUUGAUGGGGCAAACACACUUGAUGCUCUGCAAGUUAGAGUUAAACGCCAAGAGAACCUCCUUCAGAGAUGUAAAGAGAUGAUUCGGACACAUAAAGAAAAGUGUGCACAGCUAAGCAGUGAAAAAGAAGCUCUACAGAAUCAACUCGAGGAGAGGCUCCAAGAGCUUGAAAAAGUUAAGGAACUUCACACCAGUGAGAAGACCAAGCUGAUAACCCAGCUGAGGGAUGCCAAGAAUUUGGUUGAGCAACUGGAACAAGAUAAGGGAAUGGUCAUUGCAGAGACUAAGAGACAGAUGCAUGAGACUCUAAUGAUAAAGGAAGAAGAGGUUUCACAACUUCGAACACGGGUCAAGCAUUUAACUAGUAAAUGUGAACAGUUACAAGAACAGAAAGAAAAAUCUGAAAAAGCAGCAUUUGAACAAUUGGAGAAAGCUGUAAGUGCCUCACAAAGCACAGAAGAUGCCCACAAAAAAGGCAAGCAAGAAAUGGAAGAACACAUUAAAGCCAUAGAGCAAGCAAGUGAGGAGGAGCGCAUGAAAAUCCAAAAGGAACUUAGUCGUGUAAAGCAAGAAGUGGUGGAUAUUAUGAAGAAAAGCUGUGAUGAGCGUAUUCAUGAGCUGGAAAAGUUACAUGCUGAAUCCUUAAAGACUAAAGAGCAGGAACACAAUGAAACACUAAAAAUGUUGGAAGAGGAGUAUCAAGAAAAGUUAAAGAAUACAUUUACAAAGAGUCAGGAGGAGCAUUUGAAUGCUGUGCAGGAAAAAGAACAGCAAGCAUUACUUGCUUUAGAAGAGAUGGAACUUCAGAAGAAAGCCAUUCAAACACAAACUGAAAACCAACUUCAGGAAAUGCAACAAGAGCUCGAAGAAUGCAGAACUAGAAUUCUUGAGUUGGAAAGUUUCCUUGCAAAAACAUCUCAGGACAGUGACACAAAAUCUGAAGAAUUAUUUACUCGGCUGGAAAGUGAAACAAACAAGCACAAUGCAGAAAUAACAGCAAUUAUUGAGAAACACAAGCAAGAGCUUGAACUUUGUAAUCAGGAUAGUGAAAAGAAUUUAGUAGAAAAGCUUGAAAGUUUAAGAAAUGAACAUCGGGCAGAGAUCGCUGAAAUAAAAGAGAAGUGCCAACAAGAAUGUGAUACUCAAUUAAAAGAAAAAGAGCGUGCAUUUCAGGCUCAUAUUGAAGAAAUGAAUGAAAAAACCUUAGAAAAAUUAGACAUAAAGCAAACCGAACUGGAAGCACUAUCAUCUGAAUUGUCUGAAGCUCUAAAGUUAUGUCAGGAAAAUGAAGAGAAGCUUUUGGAAUGUCAGAACGAAAGAGACAAAAUAAAACUAGAAUAUGAAGGUCAGUUUGUUGAGCUGCAGAAGCAGCACCAUAAUCAUAUUGAUGCAAUUGAAAAAGAGAAGGAGAUUCUGACUCAAGGUGUAGAAAAAGAUCUAAAAGAGGAAAUUAACCACUUGAAGCUUUUAUUAGAUGGAAAUAAGAAGGAGAUGGAACAUUUGCAGCUUGAAAAUGAGCAACUAAAGGAUGCUGUUAAAAAGGCUGAUAUGGAGUUAAAAACAAUGACGGUCCAACUGGAUGAGCUACAUGGUUCAUAUCAGAAGAAGGCACAGGAGAAAAUUGAGCACCAUACCACAGAGAUAAAAAAUAUACAGGAGAAGUUAAACUUCAUAACUGAGGAGAGGAACCAACUUAAGCAAUUAGUUGAAGAUCAGGAGUCAAAACUAAAGCUUUUAACUGCAGAGCUGGAUACUUAUAAAGAGCAGGUACAAAGCUUAAACCUAAAAAUUGAACAGCAGGCCACGCUUGUCAAUGAUCUUUCACUGCAAUCUGAGACAAAGAUAAAUGAAUACAAGUCUCAAGUAGAUGAACUGAACAGGGUUUCUGCUGAUAAGGAAAAUGAAAUUCAGAAACUUAAAGAUGCUCAUAACCAUCUUAUUAACCAACUUAAAGAAAAUGUAUCUUCCAAAGAAAAGAAAAUAGAAUCUUUACAAGAAGAUUACAAAGCAAAAGCUAAAAGCCAAGACAACAAGAUUGAAAAAAUGAAGCAAAGGCUAAAAGAAAUGCAAGAAACCUCCAAGAAAAAAUAUUCUGAGAUGGAAAGUAAACUCAAAAAAGAGUUGGAAAAGAAACAGCUUGAGUUAGAUGAUAAAGAGAAGCAAUUUAAUGAUAAAAUGCUGGAAAUGGCCCAUGCAAGUUCCGCUGGAAUUAAUGAUGCUUUGUCUCAGCUGGAACAGAACCAUAAAGAGCAAAUUGUCAGUGUCAAAGAGGCUCACCAGAGGGAAUUACAGGAGACUGCACAAAAUUGGGAGAAAAAGUUUAGCCUGCAGGUGGAGGAACUGAAGGAAAAACAUGAGGCUGAACUUCAGGAGAAAGAUCAGGAGAUAACGGAGAUUACACAGCGGUUCAGUGACAUCAGCAAAGAAAAGGAGGAAGUAGACAAAGAUAUUAUUGCACUAAAGGAAGAGAAGAAUAGCUUGGAUAUUACUUUCCUUGAAUUUCAAGAGAAGCUAAAAGAGAUGACUGUUCAGGUUCUGUCUUUGACCCAGAGUGAAAAAAACGUAAAAUCUGAGCUUGAAAAGUUACAAAAUGAGCGAGUGUCACUAGUAAAUGAGAAAAACAUGGUUGAUUCAGAACUUAUUGACCUAAAGGCAUCAGUGGAGGCAAAUAAAAGCGAAAUUAACAGUUUACUUGACAAACUAUGUAAAACAGAAGAAAGAUGUCAAUCACUAGAAAUGUCUCUCAGUGAUGAAUCUGCUACACUUGCAAAAGAAUGGUCAGAAAAGCUUUUAGAGAAAGACGCUUGGUGCAGAAAACUACAACUUGAACAUGAACAGAAAUUUGGAAAUUUCUGCAAAGAGGCUGUGUCACUAUUAGAAUCAUUAACAUCUGGACUAAGUAGUAAAUACAAUGAUCACAUUAAUAGACUGCUGCUUAAAGUUAGCAUUUGUGAGAAAGCAGCAAGUAAAUUGAAAGAACCCAUUGCAAAACAAGUGGGCAAAAUCCAAGACUUAGAAAUGCAAAUUAAUCAAUUAUUCAAUGACUAUACGACUGUAAAUGCGUCCUUGACACAAAGCAGCCAGAAUUUGCAUGAAAAAGAAAAUAUGAUUUUGGUUUUGAAAGAAGAACUAAAGACUGUUUCCAUAGAGAAGGAAACCUUGCAGAAAGAGGGAGGUAACCAGCAAAAAGUGGCUGAUGAAAAGGAGUCUUGCAUUACACAGCUAAAAAAAGAACUCUCAGAAAAUAUCAAUACGGUUACAUCUUUGACUGCUGCACUAAAAGAGAGAGACACUGAAGUAAAUGAACUUAAGCUAAAACUUGAGAACAGUUUGCCCUUGGAAGAAAAGGAGAAAGCUAUAGCUUUUAUCAGUUCCCAGCACAAUGAAAGUCAACAGCAAUUACUUAAGCAGAUCCAAGACCUGACAUCAAAUAUUAAAGAUCUGAAUAAAGAAAAAGCUGCCUCUGUGAAAGAAGCAGAUAAAUUGAAAAACAAGCUAGAUGAGUGGAAGAAAAAAGCUGAAGUUAGGUUUACCCAAAAUCACCAAACCAUUAAGGAUUUACAAGAAAAGACUGAAAUUGCCAAUAAACAGCUGAUUGAAAAAGAUGGAGAAAUUAAGACUGCCAAAGAAGAGUUUGAACAUUUCCGUAACAACAUAGCAAAGGAUCAAGCCAGCAGAGAAAGUUUGGCCCUUGAGUUGACCACCAAUAUAGAACGUCAGAACUCAAAAAUUCAGGAAUUGGAGGCAGAAGUUGAAACAUUAACAAAAGAAAAACAGUGUUUGAUAGAAGAGGUAGAAAGGCAAAUUCAGCAACAGAGUAUUGAAAAAAGUCAUCUUGUAGAGCAGCUUUCACAUAUCCAAAAUAUUUCCUCAGAAAAUGACAGUCACUCUAUGGAAGCACAGCAGCAAAUACUCAGGCUAGAAAAUGAAAUCUCAAGCUUGAAAGAAGAUAGUAAUGCAAAACUAAUUCAAUGGGAACAACUAAAAGUAGAGCUAACAGAGAGCAAAGAUAAGGCUCUGAAAACAUUGGAGGAGCAACUGACUAGUGAAAGUGCCAAAAAAAUAGCAGAUCUCAAGAAAAAAGCAGAACAAAAAAUUGCGUCGGUUAAGAAGCAACUGAUGUCGCAGCUAGAAGAGAAGGAAAAAUCUAAGCUAUAUUUAGAAGAGCAACUGCAAAGUCUAAAGAAUCAUCUACAUAAGGAAGGCCAGGCUUUACAAGCAAGUUUGAUCCAGGAGAAAGAAGAACUUGAAAAGAAUAAUGGCAUUCUACAAGAGCAACACCUUCACAAGGACAAUGAGUUAUUUAGCCUUAGGGAUGAGUUGCUGCUAAAAGAAAAGAAAAUCAAAGAGCUGGAAGACUUGAAUGAGACCAGUCAACAAAAGCUUAACGAAAGUGAAAGGAUCAUAAAUGAUAAAGAGUUGUCCCUGAUAACUGAUAAGGAAGCAGAGAAGCUUAGACUGGAACAACUGUCUGCCAAACAUCAGGAGGAUUUACUUUCUCUGCAGGAGCAGUUAGCUGUGAAAGAUUCAGAGUUGAAAGCUUGUAAUGAAAAAUUAGUAGAAAGAUUAAAAUCUUAUCAAGAACUCAAAAUACUUUUUGAUGAAAUUCAAUCUCAGGAGAAUACAUUAAAGGCAAAAUUUCAAGAGGCAGAAGGGGAAAUACAGAAACUCCGUAAGGAAGUGACUAGGCUUCAAAAGGAUUUGAGGACUUUACGCAAAGAACAUAAUCAAGAGCUAGAUUUGCUAAAGAAGGAACUACAAGAGGAAGCUGAACAGAAAAUCAAGUAUGAACAAGAAGAUCAAGAGUUAAAGCACAAUUCGUCCUUAAAACAGCUCAUGAGGGAAUUUAACACACAGAUGGCACAAAAAGAGCGUGAACUUGAAAUUGCUGUUCAAGAGACAAUUGGUAAAGCUCAAGAGGUUGAAGCAGAAAUAUUACAAUCACAUCAUAUAGAAACAACCCAGCUCCAUAAAAAGAUUGCAGAGAAGGAAGAUGAUUUGAAAAGAACAGUCAAGAAGUAUGAAGAAAUUCUGGAGGCAAGAGAAGAAGAAAUGACAGCUAAAGUAACUGAAUUGCAGGAGCAACUAGAAAAGAUGCAGGAAGAGCUGUCAAAGAGACAGGAAGAAGAGGCAGCUCAAGAAGCAGAGGAUAAGGAUCAAGGCGAGAUUCAAGCACAAUUGGCAAAGAAAACCACACAACUGAAUGAUGCCAAACUUAAAGAGCAGGAACUUAAGGAGAAGAUCAACACUUUGGAAGACCAGUUAAAAAACUACUCACAUGGUGUGUUUGUGACUCCCCUUGGUACUCCUUAUAAAGGUGUCAAUCAUCGGUACACAGAUGUUUCUGGUUUUGGAGAGCCUACAGAAUUUGAGUACUUGAGAAAAGUUUUGUUUGAGUAUAUGAUGGGAAGGGAAACUAAGACCAUGGCAAAAGUUAUCACUAUGGUACUCAAAUUUCCAGCUGAUCAGGCUCAAAAGAUCUUGGAAAGAGAAGAGUCCCGGCCUGUGUUUACCCCGCCUCGCAGUGGUAUCUUCUGAAUCAGUUAGCCUGCGGUCAUGGCUGAGAUCGUCUUCCUGAAGACUUUUGUAAUGUCGUCUUCAAGAUGCUGCUUCCUGUGGAUAUCUGCUUUUCUUUCUUCCAGCUACCAAUGGAAUGAACUGAGAACCAAAACUGUAUAAAAUGUUUAGCAAUUAAGAACUUUUACCAUUAUUGCCUUGAGUUGAGCUGAUGCUACAUAGUGACCACAGUGUCACAGUCUAUUUUUCUUCUAGUUUAACUCUCAAACAAAUGCUGAAGACUGAAUCACUUAUCGGGUACAACGGUUUGCAUUAUCUACUGCGUAUGAUCCUAACAUAUUGCUAACUUUAAAUAGACUAAAUGUUUAAAUGAACUUUAAAUGUUAAACCCACUGAUAACAUUUUUAAGCAUGCUGAGGCAAGCUGUGGUUCUCCCACUAACCAGCAUGUCCUGUCACUUUAUCUGGUUACAUCCUAUUUCCAGGGUUUUAUUUUUUUAUUGGAAUGUCUUAACCCUCUAACAUAGUUUUUGUUGGAUUCAUAGAGAUAGUAAAAGAAAUCUGGUUUUCUUUGAGGUGGUUAAUCAUAAAACCUGUGUUCGGUUUCCUUUUCAUGUUGUGUUAAAUGAUUGUGCAAUAUUUUACUAUAGGGAGGAAUUUUGAAGACUGCACUCACUUGAUCAGUUGUUGCUUUGCAUAAUUUUCUCUUCCCCUAGGUUUCAUUUAGGUUGCUAUGGGCCAGUUCUUUAACUUUUCAUCUAUGAUGAACUAUCCUAUAUUGGAGUGCCUCAUUAGGGUUUCUCCUAGCUUUUGUACCUAUAUUUUCAAAUAAUUGAAUACACUACUGUAUAUUGUAAAUAGCCAAUACGUUAAUGUAUUAAAAUUCUGUUUUUGUGAUGGUUUAAAUGUUUAUCUUGGAAAAAUAGAGAGCAGAAUACAUUUUAUUUAA